AUGGCUUUUCUCAUUUUUUUGGACCUAUGGUGUGGAUUUAUUGGUGUUGCCCGCUGUUUUCUUGCUGGUGUUGCUGCCUGUGAUUCAUCGGUGCAGGUUGCUAUAUUGUUGGUCCUCCCCUUGGACCUAUGGUGUGGUUUUAUUGGUGCUUCCCUUGGUGUUGCCCGCUAUUUUCUUGCUGGUGUUGCUGUCUAUGAUUCACCUGCUCCCCUCUGUUGUAAUGUUGUUGUGCCUGCUUCCUUCUGUUGCAGCAUUGCUUCCUUCUGUUAUAGUGCUCCCGCUGCCCAUCUCUAUGACCCCACUUU